AUGCACCUGUCUCUGCUCUGCCUGCUUCUUCAGCUCCUUGCUCCGACAGGAGCCUCUGAUAGUGGUAUUGUAGGAGGGAGAGAGGCCAAGCCCCAUUCCAGACCCUACAUGGUCUCCCUGCAGAAUAAUGGCCAUCAUGUCUGCGGGGGCCUGCUCAUUCGGAAGGAUUUUGUUCUGACAUCAGGACACUGCCUACUAAUUUCUUCAUUGUCUCCUAGAUCAAGACCUUUAGAGGUAGUGUUGGGGGCCCACAAUAUAAGUGAGAGGGAGGCCACACAACAGCGAAUUGAAGUGGAAAAAUACCACAAGCAUCCAUUUCAUUCAAAACCCAGACAAAGGGAUUACGAUAUCAUGUUACUGAAGCUGAAGACCAAUGCCAGGCUGAAUAAAUAUGUUAAGGUCAUUGGGCUGCCCAAGAAAGACGGCAACAUCCCAGAGAAAACCAAAUGCUCAGUAGCAGGCUGGGGACUUAAAAGGCCUGGAGGAGUCACUGAGAGCGUUCUGCAGGAGACAAACCUGACCAUACUAAACAACUCCAAAUGCAAAUACAUCUGGAAGAAAUACUUUUUCAUCAAACAGAUGAUUUGCACUCAUUCUGGAUCUACAGGGAUCUGUCAGGGAGACUCAGGAGGACCCCUCAUCUGUGGUACAAAGCCACAAGGAAUUGCAGCUUUUACUGCACCAGAAUGUAAUGAUGCAAGGUACCCCAACAUUUACAUGAAGAUUCCAUUUUUUAUUCCGUGGAUAAAGGAAAUAAUUGGGGAACUGCUGGGACCGGGUACAACAAUGAAGGCUUUGCUGCCUCUGUGUCUGCUGCUGCUGAUCUCCCCUUCAGGAGCCUCCGAAAGUGGUAUCAUAGGGGGGAAGAAGGCCAAGCCCCAUUCCAGACCCUACAUGGCAUCUUUUCAGAUACAGGACAUCCAUGUCUGCGGGGGCCUACUCAUCCGUGAGGACUUUGUCCUGACCGCUGCACACUGUAUCCAGGCUGGGCACAACAAUGAAGACUCUGCAGCCUCUGUCUCUGCUGCUGUUGAUCAGCCCUGCAACCCGAAGACUAUGAGAGUGGUUCUGGGAGCCCACAAUCUCAAACAGAAGGAAAAAUCACAACAGAAAAUUCCAGUGAAAAAAUGUAUCAAACAUAAAAUAAAUGAAAUGUCCAAAUUUGAUUUUGACAUCAUGCUUCUAAAGCUGCAGCGAAAUGCAACUCUCAACAAAUACGUCCAAGUCAAAGCGCUGCCAAAGAAAGGGGACACUCUUCCGGAGAACACCAGGUGCUUGAUGUCUGGGUGGGGGAGGAAAAAGCCUGACGGACCGGCUCAGGACGUCCUCCAGGACGUGGUACUCACCAUUCAGAGCAGCAAGGACUGCAAACGCAUUUGGAAGAAGCAUUUUUCCAGCAGCAGAAUGAUAUGCACGCACUUUGAUGGCAAGAAGGGAAUCUGUCAGGGAGACUCAGGAGGAGCCCUCAUUUGCAACAAUAAACCUCAUGGGAUAGCUGCCUUCACCGGAGACCCAUGUGACCAACCUUAUCCAAAUGUUUACACAAAAAUUUCCUACUUACUUCCCUGGAUAAAGGAAAACAUGGAAGCAUGA